UUUUUGGAGUUAAAAAUAGAGGCAGAGGAAACACCAGAAUCUCAUCGCAUAUCUAUAUCGUAUUACUUCUUCAUUCCCUUUCCGGCUUUCCUCCGCCGUCUCCCCCACCCUCACCGCCUAUAUAGUUUAUUCUAUUCCAUCAUUUGGAUACUGGCGGCUUCCGUAAUCGAAUUUGUAACCGCUACCGUUUCUUUUUUUGGUUUCUUUGGGAAAGCUGAGUUAUAAAUUAGUCGACAGUUCGUUGUUGAAUGCUCUUACAUGGCGGUAUUUGGAACAUUGUAUUCUGUGGAAUUCGGGAAUGAAGUAGUUUUGGGGAAGAUGGUGUGGAGUCAGGGGGUGGCUUUCGGCUGUAGAAGCUUUAGAAGUGUGGUGAAGGAAGUUGCAUAUCCAAUAUCGGAUCGAAAAGGUAUUGGAAGAUGCAUAGGUGUAAAAAGGAAGAACAAGUUCUCGGUUGUGAUGAGUUUUUCGCAGUCGCAUUUGAAUUCGGACGCUCCAGCAGCUGCUGUUACUGUGUCGAAGGAAGAAGACGACGCCAUUAGAGGAAGGGAUUUUAGAAGUAUGGAGAUGUCAGAAGUGGUCAGUGAUAAACAUGACGCAGAGUUAAUUGAUGGCAACGGUGGCAAUGGAGCUUAUAAUAACGGUGGAGGAGGAGGUGGCGGUCGCGGUGGUGAUGGUGGGGAUGACAGCAGGGGAGACAGAGAAGAAGAGGAAUUUGGUCCAAUUAUGAAAUUUGAGGAAGUGAUGAAAGAGUUGGAAUCACGAGGGGUGACUCUUCCUUCUGAUAUGUUAGAGGCAGCAAAGAGCGAGGGAAUUCGCAAGUUGCUGCUGCUUAGAUAUUUGGAGAUGCAGGGUUUAGGCUGGCCUCUUGGCUUUUUGAUGAGAUCCUGCGCUAUGAUUCGAAACAGGGUUCUGGCUGAUCCAUCAUUUUUCUUCAAAGUUGGUGUGGAGUUAGUUAUUGAUUCUUGCUGUGCUACUUUUGCGGAAGUUCAAAAGAGAGGCAAAGAUUUCUGGACAGAAUUUGAGCUUUAUCUUGCUGAUAUUUUGGUUGGCGUGGCAGUUAACUUUGCUUUGGUUGCCCUGUUGGCACCUUAUGCUCGUUUUGGGCAACCAUCUGUGUCGAAAGGUUUCCUUGGACGCAUUCAACAUGCUUGUGAAGCACUACCUAGCAGUGUUUUUGAAGCUGAACGACCAGGAUGUAGAUUUUCUGUCCAACAAAGAAUUGCCACAUUUUUCUAUAAGGGACUCGUGUAUGGUGUAGUAGGAUUUGGAUGUGGUAUAAUCGGCCAAGGCAUUGCAAAUUUAAUAAUGACUGCAAAAAGGAGCAUAAAGAAAUCUGAAAACGAAGUACCAGUGCCCCCUCUCUUUAAGAGCGCCGCUCUUUGGGGUGUCUUUCUGGCAUUAUCUUCAAACACGCGAUACCAGAUCAUCAAUGGACUAGAACGUGUAGUGGAAUCAUCUCCAUUAGCAAAGAAUAUUCCAGCAGUUGCAAUGGCUUUCACAGUUGGUAUUCGAUUUGGCAAUAACGUGUAUGCUGGAAUGCAAUUUAUCGACUGGGCUAGAUGGAGUGGAGUACAGUAAGACCAUCUAAACAACAAUAAGAUACCAUUUUUGUCUCCUAGGAGCCAAGAAAAUCGUUCAUAAGAAAACAAGAGGUGCUGCACUCUAAUCGCCUAUAAUCUCAAUUCAUCAAGACCAUCCCCUCAACCCCACAGGUGUAACUUAAGCUUUUGACAUUUACUGUAAUAUCUCCCAGAACUACUGUAAAAUUAAUGUCUUGCAGCAAUAAAAAGGUUAGCGUAAUUCAUGAACAGCCAACUCGGUUCAUUGCAUUCUUUGUUGUUAGCAUGAUGACAUCAAAGCUAUGAUCAUCAAAACAUCUGCUUGAAAAACUUACGGUGCAUGAAUGGCUCGAGAGAUUUCCACCCACACGUUUUAAGAUUCUAUUUUUCUCAUAUAUUUUUCUUAAGAAUAUACUUUCAAAUUUCUCAUUUUAGAUGUUUGUUAUGUCUCGUGUCUUGACUUAUAGCAGUGAGUUGUGAGGUGCAGCAACUCUCAACACAAACGCAAACCCAAGCAAAACAAACAUCCCUUUCUGUGAUUUAUGAGGCCACCAAUCAAAACGUCCAAGAAUUAAAACCCAACUUAGAUUAGUAUGUUGUUGUAUUGUAUCACACAAAAAGUAUGUUUCUCAGAAGAUAUUUUUGUGUCACAACUGUAUUGAUUUAACUCCUACUAAUGCGAACAAAGUUUGCUAAUUUUGUUGUUUUAAAGGUGAAAGAAAGAGGGUUUUAUGAGCAGAGCAGAGAGCAACCACGGAAAUAUCAUCAUUUGGCUUUGAAGCACAGCCACCAGAUUACUCAAGUAUCCUCCUUCUAUUCAAAAAACACACUUCAUUUCCCUGAUCUUAGGCUAUAAAUUUGCAGAGGUUCGUGCUCGCAGGCUUUUGCAGCUGAUUUGGUACAAAGGGAAAAGCCAACUUGUCAUUUCUUUUGAAAAUGUUGGAGGGCAAAGCUGUGGUUCGCGAAACAGACAUGCCACAGGGGAUCCAGAGCCAUGUCCUUGAGUUGGCUUAUAAAGCACUUGAUCAACACGAAGUUUCUGACUGUCAAUCUAUUGCACAUUUUAUCAAACAGAGGUUUGAUGAAGCUUAUGGCCCAGCAUGGCAUUGUGUGGCGGGCAAAGCGUUUGGAGGUUGCAUUACACAUCUAUGUGGGAGUUACAUCUUCUUCCAUGUGGACACGAUGGAGUUUCUCGUCUUUAAGGACGGAAGAGACUGCUUCAAAAGUGUCGAAGAGACUGUUGGAGUUUGCCGGAAAUAUUAAUCUCAGUGAUCUUUAUUUACAUCUUGUGAUAUCAUCCAUUUGCAGAGACAAAGGAUAACGAGUUUACAUACAACAAUAAGUAGGGUAUUGAAUUUGAAUCUCCGAUCUUAAGAGGAGUACAUGUGAGUUACCUUAGCUUUAUUUUGUGUUUGUUUAUUGCAUUAAAAGUUGAAGGAGUAAUAAUAUAGAGGCUAUACAUGUUGAUAUUGAA